AUGUCACAAUUCCCGGCAAAUUUGAUGCCCGAUGAGGCCAGCCCGGAAUGGAUGAACAAAGGCGACAACGCUUGGCAGAUUACAGCAGCAACUCUAGUCGGACUCCAAAGCGUUCCAGGCCUCGUUAUUCUUUAUGGCAGCAUCGUCAAGAAGAAAUGGGCUGUGAACUCAGCCUUCAUGGCGUUAUAUGCCUUUGCCUCGGUCCUGGUUUGUUGGGUGACAUGGGGCUACAGAAUGUCAUUUGGAGAUAAAUUUUUACCCUUUGUUGGUUUUCCUAACAUCUCCUUGGACGAGAAAUUUCUUCUACGAAAGGCAUUUCUAGGGUCGUUCCCUAACGCGACUAUGGUGUAUUUUCAGUUCGUGUUUGCUGCGAUUACAUUGGUUUUGAUUGCUGGUGCAUUGCUUGGGAGAAUGAAUUUUCAUGCCUGGAUGAUUUUUGUGCCACUUUGGUUAACAUUUUCCUACACCAUUAGUGCUUAUAGCAUAUGGUACCCUGAUGGCUGGUUGUCAAAGAUGGGAAUUAUUGAUUUUGCAGGGGGAUAUGUGAUUCAUGUCGCCUCAGGUGUCUCUGGUUUCACCGCUGCCUAUUGGGUCGGGCCGAGGUCAAUUAAGGAUCGAGAGACAUUCAUCCCGAACAACAUUUUGUCAAUGCUAACCGGAGUUGGGUUCGUCUGGAUUGGUUGGACGGGAUUCAAUGGUGGAGCUCCGUUUGUGGCCAGCACCGAUGCAUCCUUGGCCAUCCUUAACACGCACAUCUGCACCGCCACAAGCUUGCUCACAUGGCUCAUUCUUGACAUCAUAUUCUUUAAGAAACCUUCUGUGCUUGGCGCCACCCAAGGCAUUAUCACCGGCUUGGUCUGUAUCACCCCUGGUGCAGGAGUGGUUCAAGGUUGGGCAGCAAUCAUAAUGGGGUUGCUCUCAGGCAGCAUUCCAUGGUACACAAUGAUGAUCCUUCAAAAGAAAAGUCCCUUACUCAUGAAAGUCGACGACACAUUGGGAGUGCUCCACACCCACGCCAUCGCAGGAAUGUUAGGCGGGAUACUCACCGGAAUCUUCGCGGAGCCAAAACUCAGUCGCAUAUUUUACCUAGUGGAGAACUGGCAGCACUACAUAGGAUUUGCAUAUGGAAUUCAGAGUGGCAGAUUUGGUGCAGGGCUAAAGCAACUGGGGAUUCAAAUUCUAGGACUUGUGUUUGUCAUAUGCUUGAAUGUUGUAAUGACAACCUUAAUUUGCUUAUUGAUUAAGGUUGUGGUUCCACUUAGGUUGGAUGAAGAGGCUCUGCAUAUGGGAGAUGAUUCAGUGCAUGGAGAGGAAGCCUAUGCACUGUAUGGAGAUGGGGAAAAGAGGGAGAAUUUCAAGGAAAAUACAGUCUAUGGAUUUGCAUGA